AUGGAUCCUGGAUCGCCUUCAACGUUGUGGCCACUGCGACUAAGCAAGCCUGCCAUAACCGUGCCUGUUCCUGAAAAUGGGGAGAAUAGUAAGGCAGAGGAUAGGGCGCAGUCCCCGGCUCUUACGGACCGGUUGUCGGCGUCGCCCUCUAGCCCUUCGCCCCCCAGUCCAGCACCACCCCAACACCAGUUUCAAGCAGCGCUGGUCGCUGAGAAGUACCUACUUCUAGAACAAGUGGAAGGCUCAUCACUGUGUAGAUGUGUGGACGUGCGCACACAAGAGGAAUAUGUUUGCAAAGUUGUGUAUAGGGAUUGUAGUGGCUUAUUGCAAGCUCACGAUCGUCUCGAUGGACAUCCGCACGUCAAUCCUAUCCACGAAGUGCUGGUGGGUGACAAGAGAGUCUACCUAAUUUUCCCCCGGUCGCACUCUGACCUACACUCUUAUGUAAGGGCAAGGAAAAGAUUGAGGGAGCACGAAGCAAGGCGGCUCUUCAGACAAAUGGCGGAAACCGUAGCAGCGUGUCACGAACAAGGCAUCGUUUUAAGAGAUCUUAAGCUGAGAAAAUUCGUCUUCGCCGACCCUCAGAGUGGUCAAGAUUAUUUAAAUGUUCUCUGCCAUCGUGAGAAUGGACUUAAGGAGGUGCAACACGAUCAAGUGCCCGCCCUUUCUCACGUUUUGUAUAAAGUCACCCCUGAUUACAAAUUCUUGUCAUCCGGUGGCGCCGAGUUUUCUCGCGAUCUUCUCUCAAAGGUAAAUAAGAAUAUUAAUAUUGAUUCCGAGCGCUUCAAGGCGCUUUGA